UUGUUGGGGCUGUCGUUGGGGUCCCGGGCGAGCCGCACGGCCAGAGUCCAGCCGACCCCCCAGACCCGGGACCCCAACGACAGCCCCAACAACCCUGACAAGAAGCCCCAGCAGCCCAAACAGUACAGCCCUUAUUCCCCCCCACCUCCUCCCCCCUCCUCCCUCCGCCUGUCCGCUCUGUUCCAGGCUCCGGUUCGGGACGAGGAGUCGGAGUCCCAGAGGAAAGCUCGCUCGCGUUUGAUGCGUCAGACCCGGCGCUCCACUCAGAAACUGAAACUGACCGAACAUCCCGUUGUUCAGGGCGUGACUCUGACCGACCUGAAGGAGGCCGAGAAGAGCGUGGUGAGCGUGGACCCCCCCCCUCGCAACGUCCAGCCUGUGAGCCCCAUAGUCACCGUCACGCCCGCAGAAAGGGGUGAGUAA